GAGGAGGAGCAGGGCCAAGGGCCAACAUGCGGUAGUCGCCCCCUGUGCCGCCGAGGAAACGGAGCCUCCUGUCAUGUUGGUGGAGCUGUUCUUCCAGGCUGCCUGUGUGUCCCUGUUCCUCCCGGGCGGCCAGGGCAGGGUCUAUCCCGGGAGGAAGAAGCCGGCCAGCUUUGCCGUGGAGAGGCGCCGUGUGGGGCCCCACGUUUGCUUCUCGGGCUUCGGCAGCGGAUGUUGCCCCGGCUGGAUGCUGGCACCAGGCAGUGGGCAGUGCACCCUGCCGCUCUGCUCUUUCGGCUGCGGCAGCGGCUUGUGCAUCGCCCCCAACCUCUGCUCGUGCCCGGAUGGAGAGCAGGGCAUCACCUGCCCAGAGCCGGCGGGGACGUGCGGGGAGUACGGCUGCGACCUCUCCUGUAACCACGGCGGUUGCCAAGAGGUGGCCCGCGUUUGCCCCCUGGGCUUCUCCAUGGUGGAGACGGCCAACGGCAUCCGCUGCACGGACAUCGACGAGUGCCUGAGCGCUGCCUGCGAGGGUCUCUGCGUCAACACCGAGGGCGGCUUCGUCUGCGAGUGCGGGCCGGGCCUGCAGCUCUCCUCCGACCGCCACAGCUGCCAGGAUACGGACGAAUGCCUGGCCACGCCGUGCCAGCACCGCUGCCAGAACAGCAUCGGCAGCUACCGCUGCUCCUGCCGGCCCGGGUACCACCUCCACGGCAACCGCCACUCCUGCGUGGAUGUCAACGAGUGCCGGCGGCCAGGAGAGCGCCGAGCUUGCCAGCACACGUGCCACAACACCCCGGGGAGCUACCUCUGCUCCUGCCGCCCCGGCUACCGGCUCAGCGGCGACAGAGUCUCCUGUGAAGGCUACCCCAAAUCCAUCCUGGCCCCGUCGCCCAUCCUGCAGUCCCUGCAGCAUCCCCCCACCCUCCUCCUGCUGCCCCCCGGAUCUGGGGGAACCCUCCUGGUCCCCAGGGGAUCCCCCUCGCCCCACCUCCCCGCAGCGGCUCCCGGGACCCAAUUCCCUUCCUCUUCAUCCUCCUCCUCUCCUACCUCGGUGUCCCCGGCCACCGAGCUGUCCCCAGGAGCGGUGGGAGCCCCCAAUGUCAACGAGUGCCGGCGGCCAGGAGAGCGCCGAGCUUGCCAGCACACGUGCCACAACACCCCGGGGAGCUACCUCUGCUCCUGCCGCCCCGGCUACCGGCUCAGCGGCGACAGAGUCUCCUGUGAAGGCUACCCCAAAUCCAUCCUGGCCCCGUCGCCCAUCCUGCAGUCCCUGCAGCAUCCCCCCACCCUCCUCCUGCUGCCCCCCGGAUCUGGGGGAACCCUCCUGACAACCCCAGGUUGCUUCGUGGAUGACAACGGGGUGGAGUUUCCCAUCGGACAGAUCUGGUCUCCGGGCGAUCCCUGUGAGUUAUGCAUCUGCCAGGCAGACGGCUCGGUGAGCUGCAAGAGGACGGACUGUGUGGAGACCUGUCCCUACCCCAUCCGCAUCCCCGGGCAGUGCUGCCCCGACUGCUCGGCUGGCUGCACCUACAUGGGCAGGAUCUUCUACAACAACGAGACCUUCCCCUCCGUCCUGGACCCCUGUCUCAGCUGCAUCUGCCUGCUGGGCUCGGUGGCCUGUUCGCCCGUGGACUGUGCCAUCUUCUGCACCUACCCCUUCCACCCCGAGGGCGAGUGCUGCCCCGUCUGUAAGGGUAAGAAAUGA